ACCGUCCAUGAUUCCAAACUUAGGAUGGACUAAUUUACUGAAAUAAUAAGCACUCCUCAUAUCGUUUUUGUUUAGGAACGACAUAAUUUAAUAGGAGAUGAGCGAAAUGAGCGAAGCAAGUAAACGACAGUGAGUCUGAGACAGUGCAAAAUCGUUUCGAAUCGUUUUGUACAAAAUCAAAACCUAACCGGAUCCUGGCGCUCACAUCCUCCGUCUUCAUUUCCACACAUUCAACUCAAUUCCUUCUCCGGCGACCACCAUCUCCGCCGCAUACAACCGCGCCCACCAAUUCGCCCUCACCGGCGCAACCUUCCGAAUGGAUCAGCAGCCAUUCGACCCGUAUUUCCUGUACCAACAAGACGAGCGAAGCAACAUCAACACACUCUUCGUCUCCGGUCUCCCAGACGACGUGAAAGCCCGUGAAAUCCACAACCUCUUCCGCCGCCGCCCUGGCUUCGACUCUUGCCAGCUCAAGUACACCGGCCGCGCCAACCAGGUCGUUGCUUUCGCUACGUUUUUCAACCACCAAUCAGCAAUGGCAGCGUUGCACGCCCUAAAUGGUGUGAAAUUUGACCCUCAAACUGGAUCUGUUUUACAUAUUGAACUUGCAAGGUCAAACUCCAGGAGGAAACGUAAGCCAGGUGGUGGAGCCUACGUGGUUAUAGAUAAAAGGUCAAAAGGGGAGACUAAUGUUCAGGAAUCAUCGAGUGAUGAUGGUGAAAGUGACCCUGAUGAACCAUCGGAAAGUGGAGACAACCAUGGUGAUUUAGCAACCACGCAAAGUGGAGAGACUGCUGUUGGUUCUGACAGUGCUGUACCUCUGGGAAGUGAGCAACAUGAAAAGGGUGGUGGUGAUGGAGGGCCAUGUUCUACUCUCUUUAUUGCAAAUCUGGGUCCUAACUGCACUGAGGAUGAAUUGAAGCAAGCUUUAUCUGUAUAUACUGGAUUCAACAUGGUCAAAAUGCGUUCUAGAGGAGGAAUGCCUGUUGCAUUUGCUGAUUUUGAGGAAAUUGAUCAAGCUACUAAGGUCUUGGAGGAGCUUCAGGGCAGCUCUUUGCCAUCAUCAGAUCGGGGUGGCAUGCACAUAGAGUAUGCAAGGUCUAAAAUGAGGAAGCGUUAGAAGAAAUUGGAGCUUGACAAUUCCCGGAUAAUGUGCUUGUUCGUUAAAGGCAACAUUGUUUCCUCUGGAAUAGUUACGACAUAUAGGAAAAGGUUGAGGUGUCCCAUUUUACAAAUGGAGGGUGAAAGUUCUUACAAUUUUGUUGAAAAGUAAAGAUUUUUACUAGGUAAUGGAAUCCUAAGAUGGCAUCUUAUAGAUCUACAAAGCCAGAUGGUGUUCAUAUUAAAAAUCUAACCCAAACUGCUCGUUGUUUAUUAGAAGCUUUAUUUAUUUAUAUAGUUUUUGAAGCA